AAUUAAUUAAAUUUCCAUAAAUUGCUAUUCAAUAUUUUUGAAAAAAGAAAUAAAUAAAUGAUAUAAUAGACUAAAUAUUACUAAGUUUUAGAAGAAUUUAUAGACUCUUCUCUUCAAUCUCAUUAGGUACUCCAUAUUAAUCUUACUGAAAAUGAAGUUACUCGCGAAUCAGAAUUAGCUUUAGCUUUAGCAAAUUGCACUAAUCUCUCAAAUUUAACACUUAAUAUUGGCUAUUUUGACUCAUAUGAUAACUUUUUAAAUGGUGCAAUAGGUGCAUCAACCAUAGGUUCUGGUUUAGCAAAUUGCACUUAACUCUCAAAUUUGAAUCUGAAACUUAUGUCAAAUUCAAUUGGUGCAACUGGUGCAUCAGGCUUAGGUUCUGGUUUAGCAAAUUGCACUAAACUCUCAAAUUUGAAUCUUUAACUUUAUGAUAAUUAAAUUGGUGCAAUUGGUGCGUCAGUCUUAGGUUUUUCUCUUGCAUUUUGUACUAAUCUCUCAAAUUUGAAACUUGAUCUUAGAUAGAAUUAAAUUGGUGAUAAAGGUGCAUAAGGACUAGGUUUUAUUUUAGUAAAUUGCACUAAUCUCUCAAAUUUGACACUUAAACUUGAUAAUAACUAAAUUGGCGAUUAAGGAGUUAUAGGCUUAGUUUCUGCUUUAAAAAAUUGUAUCAAUCUCUCAAAAUUGAAAUUUAGUCUUAUAUAAAACUAAAUUGGCAAUGAAGGUGCUUCAGCAUUAGGUUCUGCUAUAACAAAUUGCACUAAGAUCUCAAAUUUGAAACUUGAUCUUAGAGUGAAUUAAAUUGGUGAUAAAGGUGCAUAAGGACUAAGUUUUAUUUUAAAUUGCACUAAACUCUCAAAUUUGAGACUUAGACUUGCUAAUAAUUAAUAAAUUGGAUAUUAAGGUGUAUCAGGCUUAAGUUCUGCUUUAACAAAUUGCACUAAUCUUUAAAUUUUGACACUUGAUCUAACGUGGAAUUAAAUUGGUGAUAAAGGUACAUUCAGUUUAGGUUCUGCUUUAGCAAAUUGUACUAAUCUCUCAAAUUUGACACUAGAUCUUUAUGGCAGUUAAAUUGGCGAUUAAAAUGCAUCAGUAUUAGGUACUAGUUUAGCAAAUUGCAUUAAUCUCUUAAAUUUGACACUUAAUCUUGGUUCAAAUUAAAUCAGUGCAAAUUGUGCAUAACGCUUAGUCACUACUUUAGCAAAUUGCACUAAUCUCUAAAGUUUGGUACUUCAUCUUGAUUAAAAUUAAAUUGGUGAUUAAGGUGUAUCAGGCUUGGUUUUGACUUUAGCAAAUUUUACUAAUCUCUCAACUUUGACACUUUAUCUUAGUGAAAAUUAAAUUGGUGAUUAAUGUGUAUAUCGCUUGGGUUCUGCUUUAGCAAAUUGUACUAAUCUCUCAACUUUGUCACUGUUUCUUAAUAAUAAUUAAAUUGGUGAUUAAGGUGUAUAUCGCUUGGGUUCUGCUUUAGCAAAUUGUACUAAUCUCUCAAAUUUGAUACUUUGUCUUAGUAUUAACUAAACAUAUGAAUCAAAAGAGGAAAUAAAAAGCAAGUGUCUUAAAUUAAAAAGAUUAAUUGUCUUUAAAAUAUAUUUUUUUUGACGACAAACAAGUGGCGAAAAAUGGAUGAAUAAAUAUUCAAUAUGAAUAAUAGAAUAUAAUAUGUUUUAUUUUUUAAUACUUUGAAAUAAGAUGUUUUAACCUAAAAUAUAGAGAGAUUUUAUUAAAUAUAUUGAAUAUACUUAAAUCCCAUAAAUUUUUUACAAGCUCAGCCAUUAAAUGCUUUAG